AUGGAUACAGAUAACACAAUUUCAAGUAAGUAUGAAGUUGACCUUCAAGCAAGUGAACGUCAAAGGUGUGCUGAAGAAAGAGAAAAAAGGAAGUAUGUUCUUCAACAAAAGAGAAACAACAGAGGUUGUCAUCCUGCAUCAACAUCUGAUUCUGUUGAAAGGAUUCCAUUUUCAAAUACUUCAAGUGCUUCAACCACCAAUGUCGAAAGAAGUAAUGUGUAUCACCUUCCUACUUAUGCUACCCCAGAUAUUAGUAGUAAUAUGUGUCACUCAUCUACAAAAGAAAAAGAUUCAUCAAGAAAAAUCUCAUCAAGGAAAUUACAUCACGCUCCUUUUGGAAGUACUAAGCAAACAUCCUAUUUUGUUGAGAGGACUCCAUUAUCAGAUAUUACAAAUUGUGGAAUAUCUAAAAUUGAAUUACCAAUGAGUGAAGAGAUGUUAGCAGAUUCUGUGGUUAAGAAGAUUCAUGGAAUUCCUAAAGUCCAAAGAAUGGUAAGAGAUUGUUUUCAAGAAAAUGAGUUUCAAGAUGUAAGCUUGAAGCUUAUUGGAACAAGAGAUAAGGAUGGAAGAGUUCACAAUUUGCCAACAGCAUCAGAAAUUACUGCGUUAAUAGCUGGUGAUUUUGAUGGAGCAUUUGAUAUACAGGACACUGUUAGAAAGAAGUCUGGUGGUCUUCAAAGAAUUAGUGAGCUUCAUCCCUCUUACCUUGCUUUGCAAUAUCCACUUAUUUUCCCAUAUGCAGAAGAUGGUUAUAGAGUUGAUAGACAGAAUCAGUUUUCAUUGUUACUUAAUGCGAAAAAACUAUUUCAGCAGUUUUUGGUUGAUGGAUACACGAUGAUAGAAUCUGCUAGGUUGAAUUAUAUAAGGACACAACAACCUAAACUUAGAACGCAAAGUCUUAAGAACUUGAAUGCUACUUUUGAAAGUGGAGAGAAUAAUGCCUCAAGUUGUGGUAAACCUAUACUUUUACCUUCAUCAUUUACUGGUGGUUCUAGAUAUAUGAUGCAAAAGUGUUUGCACGAUAAAGCUCUUAAUGCUGAAGACAGAACAGAUAUUAUCUCUAGAUUAUUCAAGUGUAAAUUAGAUCAGCUUAUAAAAGAUUUCAAGAAAGAUAAAUUCUUUGGUGAUAUACAAGCAGUUAUGUAUACAGUGAAAUUUCAGAAGUGUGGACUCCCACAUGCUCACAUAUGUUUGUUCUUGGGUGCUGAAAGAAAAUUUCCAACUGCAUCUGAUAUUGAUCGUGUUAUUAGUGCUGAGAUACCAGAUAAAGAAAGAGAUCCUGAAUUAUAUGAGCUUGUCAAGCAAUUUAUGAUUCAUGGACCAUGUGGCUCUAUCAAAUAUUUGUUUAAAUAUAUUAAUAAGGGGCCUGAUAGAGUCACUGCUUUUGUUUUUCAAGCCAAUAGCACCAAGAAUGAUACGGAACAGAAUGUAGCUGUAGAUGAGAUAAAAGCAUACCUUGAUUGUAGAUAUAUCUCUGCUUGUGAAGCUGCUUGGAGAAUAUUCAUGUAUGAUUUACAUUAUAGAUCUCCAGCUAUUGAAGUAUUACCUUUUCAUUGUGAAGAUGGUCAGAGUAUUGUGUAUAACGAUCAUGAUAAUUUGUGUGAUAUUGUUACUGAUCCAACUUUGAAAAUGAUAAUGUUCACAAAGUGGAUGAAUUGUAAUAAAGUCGAUGAAUUUUCCAGGACAUUGAGGUAUGUUCAGUUUCCGGGAUAUUAUGUAUGGAAUGCUAAAAAUCGCAAAUGGAAUCGAAGAAAGCAUCCGUAUGGAUCAAUUGGGAGGAUACAUUAUGUCCCACCAUCACUUGGUGAUUGUUAUUACCUAAGGAUUUUACUGAAUCAUAUUAAGGGACCAACCUAUUUUGAAGAUAUAAAAACAGUUGAUGGGCAGGUUUUUCAAACAUUUAAAGAUGCAUGUUUUGCACGGGGACUAUUGGAUGAUGAUAAAGAAUAUGUUAAUGCUGUCAAAGAAGCUAGCACAUGGUCAACCGGAGAUUUCUUGAGGACUUUUUUUGUAAUGUUGUUGCUGUCAAAUUCGAUAUCUCGUCCUGGUGUUUUUUGGUCGGAAAUGAAGUCCCUGUUAUGUGAAGACAUUCUGUAUCAGCAACGAAAGAUAACUGGUAUUGUAGGUAAUGUGAUUAUUUUAUUAAAGUUAUAUACAACUACAUUAAAAUUAUGCAAUAGCUCUGUUAUUGGGAAAAAACUAAUACUUUUUUCAACAUUUGUUUUAAAUUUGGAUCUUCAACAAGAAGAACUUGAAAAUAUCUGUCUAUCUGAAAUUGAAAAGUUGCUACUUACCAAUGGAAGUACAGUGAGAAAUUUUGAUGAUAUGCCAAGUGUUCCGGACAAUUGUGUUUCAUCGUCGAACAAUCGAUUGACAAUGAAAGAAUUAUCGUAUGACAGAUUAGCUCUUCAAAGGGAACAUGAUGGUUUUGUAAAGUGUUUAACUGCCGAACUGGAAAAAAUAUAUAAAAUUGUUAUGGAAGCGAUUGAAAAAGGUGAUGGAGAUGUGUUUUUGUAUAUGGUUAUGGUGGAACUAGAAAGACGUUUCUUUGGAAGACAUUCUCAGCUGCAUUACGAUCAAAAGGUGAAGUUGUAUUGA